AUGAAAUUACAACCAGUUAUCCAAGAGCUACAUUUUAUUUCUCCUCUUUCCAAAACUAUUUGGUCAGACAUAAUGAGUAUCUUGGUAAGUACUGCGGCCAUUGUGAUGGUGGCAGAAACUGUUCUUGGAACCUUUGCCAAUGCCUUCAUAAUUCUGGUGAACUGCACUGACUGCAUCAAGAGAAGAAAAAUCUCCUUAGCUAAUCGAAUUCUCACUGCUUUGGCCAUAUUUAGGAUUGGCUUGCUUUGGAUAAUAUUAAUGAAUUGGUACUCAAAUGUGUUUCAUCUAGUUUUGUCUUUACAAGUAAAAUAUAGUAUUUGUGCUGGCUGGAUAGUAACCAACCAUUUUAAUACAUGGCUUGCAACUAUACUCAGCAUACAUUAUUUGUUGAAGAUAGGCAGUUUCUCUAAUCUUAUUUUUCUUGUCCUGAAGGGAAAAAUUAAGACUGUCCUUAUAGCUGUAUUUUUGGUGAGUUUGGUGCUUUUAUUUCCCAAUAUUAUUAUGGUAACCAACUGUGAGAGAAUCCAAGUGAAUGGACAGCGAGGCAACUUGACUGGGAAGACCAAAGGGACUUAUUUCUUGAAGCUUACAGCUAUGAUGAUUUUCACUCUAGACACUAUGGUUCCUUUCACCACAUCCACGAUCUGCUUCCUUCUCUUAAUCUAUUCCCUGUGUAAACACCUUAGGAAAAUGAGGCUUUAUCAAAAAGGAACCCAGGAUCUCAGUACUUCAGCCCACAUUAAGGCUUUGCAAGCUGUGAUCUCCUUUCUGUUGUUAUUUUCCAUGUUUAUUCUGUCUCUAAUCAUAUCAGGUUACAAUUAUAGAAAGUCUCUGGAGGAACCAGUUCACCUGAUUUGCCUGAUUAUAGGAGCCUUGUAUCCUUCAAGCCAUUCUUAUAUCUUGCUGUGGGGAAACAAGAGAAUCAAACAGGCGUUUGUGUUGGCCCUGGUACAGAUGAGAGCAAGGCUCUGGCUGAAAGAACAGAAACCUUGA